CAAUCCCUCCAAUGGAUUUCAAGGACUCAUCAUUGCGGCGAAUUAUCUUCCAACGAUGUCGGUAAAACCGUUCGUCUUUGUGGUUGGGCUGAACUUCACAGAAGCCUCGGUGGAGUCGCCUUUCUCAUUCUUAGAGACCAGACCGGCAUUAUUCAGGUUAAGACACGUCUAGAUGAAUUUCCAGUCGCACAUUCUGCUAACAAAAACCUAAGACGCGAGUAUGUGGCUGCCAUUCAAGGCGUUGUUAGGUCUCGUUCAACUCAAUCAAUCAACUACGAGAUGAAAACCGGCUUCAUCGAGGUUGCUGCAAAUGAGGUUCAAGAGUUGAAUUCUAGGAAUGCAAAGUUAACACUUAUUCCUGAAUUGAAUUCUGAUGAUGCAGAAGGUUCUCCUAAUGAGGAAAUCCGUUUGAGGUAUCGAUGUCUUGAUCUAAGGAAGCAACAAAUGAAUUCUAACAUAUUGCUGCGCCAUAAUGUGGUUAAACUCAUACGAAGAUAUCUAGAAGACAUACAUGGUUUUGUCGAGGUUGAAACUCCGAUACUGUCAAGAUCCACACCAGAAGGUGCCCGGGAAUAUUUAGUUCCAUCAAGAAUCCAGCGAGGAACAUUCUAUGCCUUGCCACAAAGCCCUCAGAUAUAUAAGCAAAUGCUAAUGGUAGCUGGUUUUGAUAAAUAUUAUCAAGUAGCAAGAUGUUUUCGAGAUGAAGAUUUAAGAGCUGUUCAUGAUAGACAACCUGAGUUCACACAACUAGAUAUGGAAAUGGCUUUUACUCCUUUAGAGGAUAUUUUGUCUCUUAAUGAAGAGUUGAUCAGAAAGGUUUUUCUUGAAAUUAAGGGCGUGGAAUUACCAAACCCUUUCCCCAGGCUUACAUAUGCUGAAGCAAUGAAUAGAUAUGGUUCGGACCAUCCAGAUACCAGAUUUGAUCUAGAAUUAAAAGAUGUAUCUGACAUUUUCUCAGGGACUUCCUUCAAGAUUUUCUCUGAUUCCUUGGAGUGUGGUGGAGUUAUUAAAGUAUUGUGUGUACCUUCUGGUGCAACGAAGGACUCAUAUAUACUUGAUAUUUACAACGAAGCAGAAAAAUAUGGUGCAAAGGGUUUAACUACUCUUUGGAUCACGAAGAAUGGUAUUGGGGGAUUUUCUUCUUUAGUAUCAAGUAUGGAUUCUGCAACUAUAGAGGAAUUGUUAAGGCGAUGCUCCGCGGGACCAAGUGAUCUGAUUUUAUUUCAUGCUGGUCAUCAUGCAUCUGUAAAUAAAACUCUAGGUCAUCUUAGAGUUUAUGUGGCACAUAAAUUAGGUUUGAUCGACCAUGCCAAACAUUCAAUUUUGUGGAUUACCGACUUUCCAAUGUUUAAGUGGGAUGAUUCGAAGCAGAGGCUUGAGGCUUUUCAUCAUCCUUUCACUGCACCAAAUCCGGAAGACAUGAACAACCUUGCAUCGGCUCGUGCAUUGGCUUAUGACAUGGUUUACAACGGGGUGGAGAUUGGUAGGGGGAGUUUGAGAAUCUAUAAACGCGGCAUACAACAGAAGGUUUUUGAGACUUUAGGCAUCUCAAUGGAGCAGGCUGAAGCGAAGUUUGGAUAUCUUCUUGAAGCUCUUGAUAUGGGGGCUCCGCCACAUGGAGGCAUAGCUUUUGGUUUGGACAGAUUGGUUAUGUUGCUAGCUGGUGCUAAUUCAAUCAGGGAUGUCAUUGCUUUCCCAAAAACAACAACUGCACAGUGUGCCCUCACGAGAUCGCCUUCCAAGGUGGAUCCCCAACAGCUGAGAGAUCUUUCAAUCACUACACAGACAUUUAACUCUUGAUAGUUUUGUUGCUUAUACCAUUUUUGUACUUUGUUAAAGAAUAAUUUAUGUACAUUUAAAUAAAUCAAUGUGUAUUUUUAGGAGCGGUACCAUGUAAACCUACAUUUCCAUGUUGUUUAUCACAU